AUGGAGCGUUCGUCUUUGUUCUCGAUCUCCAUCAGUUGCCCUGCGCUGAAUCUGAAAGGUACCUGGGUUCUUCAACUUGCAGGGCAGGCUGCAGACCUCGUCAAGCAAUGCCUUUCGCAGUUUCUGGACGUCCUGCGCGGCAGUGGCAUGGUGACAGUCGAGAAGCAGGGAGACCUCUCUGUUGGGCAGGUGCUGAACAUUGUCUCAGGCGUCUAUGAGAUCUACGAAGAUUCUGAUCAAUGCAAUCUCUCUCUGCAAAUACGAAGCAUCGAAGUGUCUCUUCAUUGGCGGGUCUUUCUGGCGAGUGGUCAGGAAGGCCAUAGUGCCCCUGCCAGGACAAACUCCUUUACAAGCGGCUUCAGGAAUGGGAGGAGAAGCUGA